AAUAUCACGAAACAUUCGCCAUUUCUCUGACACACUUCAAGUUCGUUGCUGUCUACAAACAUAUUCAGAGUGAAUAAAGCUGUAAUAUUAUCUUUUUGUGGGUGAUAUAACGAAUGUAAUAUAUGUUUUUUUAUCUUUUCAAUUAUUUUUGGUGAGCUUUCAGUCAAACGGAUAUUUUUUAAUGUUCAUUAUUCAGUACCCCUCUUCAAAUUCUUGUCGUUUUAUUGAUAAAAAUUUAAAUCCAAUUAAUUAAAUUGACAGAUUUUGUCCUUAUUGUUCUAAAUGGCUGCUCAAAAAGGAGAUGUUGGUAUUAUUGCUGUGGAUGGAAGCUCUAAUGCAGAGGAAGCCACUGAGUGGUAUUUAAGCCAUUUGCACAGACCGACUACGAAGUUAUUUUUAAUUCAUUGCAUCGAAUAUCCUUCGAUGCCAAGUAGGGACACAUGGGAAGCUCAAACUCGUGCAGGACGACAAAAAGCAGAAGAUCUUGCGAAAAAGUAUCAGGAAAAAUUAGAGAAGCACAAUGUAACAAAUGCUGAAUUUAUUCAAGAAUUCGAAAAUCCUGGCGAAAGUAUAGUCUCAAGUGCUCAUAAAUUUGAGGCAGACUUUAUAGUGAUGGGAACCCGUGGGCAAGGAAAAUUGAGACGUACUUUAAUGGGAUCUGUCUCCGACUAUGUCGUUAACCAUUCUCCUGUUCCCAUUAUUGUUUGUCGUCACAAGUAA